AUAUGUAUCAAAAUGGCCUCUUCCAGUAUUUUUGCUGGUCGACCUCGAGCUCCAUCAGCGAGAUUUCCAACUCAAAUCGAUGCUGAUGGCAGAGAAGUUGAGGUUGAGACUCGUGAAGAUGAAGAACAGAAUGUUAAACUUCAGCAAACUAUUGAACUUCUGCUUGCAGCUGGCUACUUCAGAGCACGAAUCAAGGGGCUUUCUCCAUUUGACAAGGUUGUUGGAGGUAUGACGUGGUGUAUCACAACUUGUAAUUUUGACUUGGAUGUUGAUCUGCUGUUCCAGGAGAACUCAACUAUUGGUCAGAAGAUAUCGUUGACUGAAAAGAUUGUCGCCGUCCUUCCCAAGAUGAAAUGUCCGCACCGUAUUGAGCCUCACCAGAUCCAGGGCUUGGACUUCAUCCACAUAUACCCUGUUGUGCAGUGGUUGGUGAAAAGAGCAAUUGAGACUCGAGAAGAAAUGGGGGAUUAUAUUCGAUCAUUUGCAGUUUCCCAGUUCAGCAAAAAUCAUGCUACACCAGAGGAUCUUGUGUUUGAGGAACAGAAACCCAAAGCCAUUUCUUCAGUAUCUGCUGUCAAGGAUGCUUACAAGCCGCGAAGACGAUACCGCCGACAGGAUGCGGAGAAGUUAAAAGAUGAAGAGACCCGCGUGCACUCCACUCUGUUGGAAUAUGGCAGGAGAUAUGGUGCAAGUAAACAAGAAGAAAAGGAUGACGAGCACACGACGAAGAAGAAAGCCAUUGCGGCGGGCCUGGGAGUUGAGAGUGAGCCGGGGGGGAACCUGCAGGAGGAGGAAGAGCGACGUAUCAAGCUACUAAUGAGCUCAAUGUCUGCGACAGACAUCCAUGAGGGCAAGCUAACUGCCAGUAGCGUGGGGUCACUAGUGGGAAUGCGGUCGGACGAGAUACAGCAAAUAGCCUCAGAGUAUGCACUCAAACAAUCUGAGAUCGAGCAGAUAGAGAAGACAGAGCGAGUGGGAGGUGCCCAGCAACACAAACGCGUCACCGCGGCACUUAGGAAACAGAUCGAAAACCACAAAAAGAAAUUUGAAGAGGUGAAAGCCAAGCAUGCUGAACUCCACCAGUCCUACCUGGACACACAAGAUCAGCUUCGUAAGGUGCAAGAAAAGAGUUCUGCCAUAGAUGCUGAAAUGGACAAAUUAAAUGAAAUUGAAACAUCUGAAAACCAAAGUAUUUUACAGAAUUUACGUUCUCUGGUGGCCAUGAAUGAAAAUCUAAAGAAACAAGAACAGGAGUUCAAAGCUCACUGUAAGGAAGAAAUGGCCCGCCUCAAAGAAAACAUCAACAAUCUACAAAAUGAUGCUAAUGAAGUUGAUUCAGAGGAUAAGGAGAGAGCUACUUUGAUAGAUCGCCAGUACGAAGCUGACAAAGAGAAGCUUCACAAAAUCAGGAUGCUGUUGGCUAGGAAAAAUCGUGAGAUUGCUGUAUUACAAAGGAAAAUUGAUGAAGUUCCAUCAAGAGCAGAACUCAGCCAGUAUCAGCGCCGAUUCAUAGAACUCUACAAUCAGAUUGGAACAAAGCAUAAAGAGACUAAGAAAUUUUAUACACUGUACAACACAUUUGAUGAUAAGAAGCUGUAUUUAGCUAAAGAGGUGAACCUUCUGAACUCUAUACAUGACACCUUCAUACAAGCAAUGUCCUCGCCUGCGAAUAAGGAACAGUUUCUGAAGCAGUUUGAACAGAUUGUGGAAGGUGUGAGAUCCAACCGAGUUAAGGUUGAAAAAAAGAAACAAGCGGAAAAGAUGAAACGAGACCAGCUAAACGACACCUACCUUGACCUGGUGGAGAAACAGAGACUUUACUUCAAGACGGUCAAAGAUUUUAAAGAGGAAUGUCGGAAGAAUGAAAUAUUGUUGUCCAAGCUGAGGAGUUCCUAGUGACUUGAGAAGACAAAUUUUACAAAUUACUCUCUAAUCAGUCAUUAUAUUGACAAUUUGUUAUGUUCAAAUGAACAGUUUGAAUUGUACAAUAUUAUAUAUUAAUAUAUCCUAAUUGACUAUAAAGAUGUCUAUUAAAAUAUGUACUCUAAAUCAAUAUUAAAAUCACCUGGAAACAGUCUUCUGAAUCUAUACCAACAAGUUUAAGACUGAAAAUGUCAGACAUGGAGUCCUCAUUUUAAUAUCACAGCUGACUCUAGCAUGGCACCCUGAUGUUGUCAUAGUUACAAGAUGUUUCUCACAAGAGGAAUUUGCUAGAUCCUUGCUCAAGCAAAUGUCACAUCAACAUAAAUGUGAUACUUUAUAAUGGUAUAGUUUUUAUCUUGCUCUGGUAAACCCAAAGGCAAGACACAGGUGUUGCCUUUUUAAUGGCAUCAGCUUUUGCAUUUACAGUAACUCAGUGUUACGUGUCAAUGUUUAACUCCAUUUCUCAUAAUCUUUAAGACCUACAUCUAUGAAACUUGGUUUAUAGUUGCUUAUGAAUGUUCAUCUCGGUGCAUUUAAAAAUAAAUGAUAGUCAUCUGUUGAUACAACUAUGAGUGAUACAAAAUCGGUUCAUGGUGGACGAGACUUGUAAUUGUGCGGAAUUCUCUUUUGUCUCCUGUGUUUGUUUGAAUGCUGGUAAUAUGGUUUUUGACCAAAUUUCUUUUCAAUAACAAGUGUGGUUUUAGAGAUAAUGUUUUGAUGUUUUCAGAAAGAGCGAUAGGUUCUUGUAAAAUAACAAAGAUAAAAAAAACAAAGUAGUUUCAUGGACCUUUUGCAUGUGAUACACAGUUGUAAUAACCAGAAUUCUGAACAAAGUGCAAUAUAGAUCUGCAACCCACUUUGGUCAACUUCCAUAUGCUAAAAUCUUUACCCAAUGUUGUAAUUUGACCAUCAUUUGUAAUAACAGAACUGACUAUUGUUGGAGCAAGUGUCAUCAAAUUUGAAUAAAAUGGGAUAUGAUACAGGUUUGAAACAGUCUAAACUAAUUUUUAUAAACAUGGAUCCUUAAUUCAUUCUAGAUGUUCUGGGAAGAGACAUGGAGAGGUGGUUGUCAGUUGGUGCGUUAUUAAACUAGGCAAUUAUAUUGCAAGAUAAUUUACUUUAACCAUAUGUUGAUAUCAUGGGCUAAUUCGGUCCAUUCUGUGGCUAGAAUAAAGUACAUGGUGAUCUUCUGCAUCGGAACAUAAAUGUGAGGAUUUCAGUCAAAGAUACUUUGAAUAGAAAAAUCAUUCUGAACGAACAUGUUAACAGUAAUUGUUAAUCAGUCCCACCUCCACCAUCUGAAAAUGUAUGUUAUUAAGAAGACGGCAGCCUUGCUAAUGUUAAUCUCCAUACCCUGAAUGCUACAUCAGUAUGGCCUUCGGUUAAAUGACAGUUUUAAUAAAAGAUAUAAUUUUCUUUAUUUGCACUAAAUAAAUGUUUAUAUCCAUUCUGUGUUUUCGACUGAUCAAAGGCAGGGUCCAUAUUAAGACCUCUUUCUAAUCAGUUCUCUAUUCAUGGAAACAACUCGGCAGAUUAUGAUACACAUGGGCUGAUUAGGACCUUUGGAAGAAGAAGACAAAUAUUAGGAAGCCAAAUUCAUCUUGUAGAGAAAACUUAAUUACCAGACGUUCAUAAAUAACAUUCAUAUCAAAAUGACAUAUGCAUGGCUCGUGGGGUUUUGGAAACUGGUAAGUAAAAUUACAAUCAUGGGAAAAAUUCAGGAAUGAUAUUUGAAUUAAUUUAGUGAAAAAAGAUGCAUUAUUUUGCUUAAAUCAAUAAAGUUAUAAAUAUUAACUUGAAUCACCUUUUUUCUGUGAUUAGUUAUUGCUAACUGUUUUAUUGUUGUUUUGUAUUUGUGCUAUGCAUUGGUGCCAAAAUGUUGAAGGACAAAGUGCUGUGUUAAUUAAAGUCCAGUUAGAAAACACUACUUAGUAGGUCAUUAUGGCUUACAGGGAAAGAUAACUCCUGGUGUUCUGGAAGAUUUAGUUCAGCAGUUGUUAUACCAAUAAAGAUGGUGUGCAGGCAUGAA